AUGCUGCCAAGAAAAGGUACCGCACUAUUUCAACGCCAAUUUUUCGGCAUUCGUGCUGCACACCAGACUCGACACUUCACAAUGAGGUUCUUUGAUGUAGCCGUGACAUAUACUGCGGAUCAAUUCCAGGGAAUUUAUCGCGGAAAGCAAUACCACGAACCCGACUUUGCAGAAGUUCUGAAAAGAGCGCGUGGGUAUGACUGUGAAAAAGUGAUGCUCACCACAAUGACUCUUGAGGGUGCGAAACAAAAUCUGCAGGCUGUCAGGGACUUCUCAGCAAUGUGCAAAAUGACCAUCGGCGUGCACCCGUACCACGCCGCUGAGAUAUAUGAAAGGCCAGGAACUCAGUAUCUCACCGAGCUCCGUGAACUAGGCGACAGUUUACUUGCCGAGAAAUUCUCCCCUCUCGCGGCGUUUGGCGAAAUUGGACUGGACUACGAGUAUCUGGAGCGGGCAGAUAAGGAAACGCAACAGCGCGCAUUCCGCGAGCAAUUAGAAUUGGCGGUGCACUUCCAACUACCACUUUUCCUGCACGUUCGUGAGUGUACGGAUGAUUUUAUCUCCAUUAUCGAACCUUACCUCCCGCGACUACCUAGAGGUGGUUUGGUUCAUUCGUUCGCCGGAAACAAGGAAGAGAUGCUCCGCCUGGUGGGACUGGGGCUGGAAAUUAGUAUCAACGGCGUCUCAUUUCGAACUGAUGAGCAGCUGGAAAUGGUGAAAAAUAUUCCCCUGGAAAAGUUGCAGUUGGAAACCGAUGCCCCAUGGUGCGAGGUGUUGGGUAAUGAUCCCAAAAUCGCGCCCUUCCUGGAGAAGGCGAAGCCCUUGCCAGCCAGCCGGAAACACAACAAAUUCAUUUCCGGGCAAAUGGUCAAGACGCGCAAUGAAAGUUGCAAUAUGGAACGUGUGGGACUGGUAGUUGCGGGAUUAAAGGGAAUUUCCAUAGAAGAGGUUUCUGAAAUGGCGUGGACAAACAGUUCUCGCAUGUUCUGGUGA